AAGCCAAAAUGGGAAUGCUUGAUGAAGAAUGCUUGUUUCCUCAAGGCACUGAUCAAAGCUGGCUCCAAAAGCUGUACAACUACCCGGAUGGCAAUCCCUUGUUUGAGAGGCCCAAACUGUCAAAUGAGACCUUUGUCAUCCAACACUUUGCAGACAAGGUAGAGUAUCAAUGCAAAGGUUUUCUUGAGAAGAACCGAGAUACUCUUUAUGAAGAACUGGUUGCGGUUUUGAGAGUCAGCGAGUUCGCCUUUCUGGCCCAAUUUUUCCAAGAGGAGGGGCCGAGUGUUCCAAGCAUAAAAGGUAUCAAGGUGAAGCCGGCCAGGCCUGGUGUGAAAUCUACCAAUAAACAGCUGAGGGCCUCAGUUGGAGCUAAGUUCUGCAGCUCUCUGUCGUUGCUGAUGGAGACACUGAACGCUACCACGCCUCACUGUGUGCGCUGCAUCAAGCCAAACGAUGAAAAGCUGCCAUUUGAAUAUGAUUCCGGAAGGGUGGUGCAGCAGCUGCGGGCCUGUGGAGUGCUUGAAACAAUUCGCAUCAGUGCCCAAAGUUACCCAUCAAGGUGGACCUACUUUGAGUUUUAUAGCCGCUACAGUAUCCUCAUGACCAACGAGGAGGCGGGCAUCAGUGACAAGACACUGGCGUGCAAAGAUGUGCUUCAGAGGUUGAGUCAGGCUGCGCUGAGCACCAUGGACAACUCCGCACAGUGCGCGGAUCAGGACCGCGGAUAG